CCCAAACGACGAUAUCAAACAAACAAUUAACUGUCAAAAUGUGAAGUUGAUUCACCGAAUUCUUGAGUACAUUUUUAAUUAAAAAUACAUUGUUCGUAAAUAUUAUCGCAAUGGCAGUCGCGACUAAGAAGGCGAGCUAUGUAACCACUGAUUUCGAAGUUUUCGGGAAAGUGCAAGGCGUGUAUUUUAGGAAGCACACGCAAAAGAAAGCCACGGAGUUGGGUCUUAAGGGAUGGGUGAUGAACACUGCUCAAGGGACCGUCAUAGGGCAAAUUCAAGGCCCUCCAGUGGCUGUAGACGAUAUGAAGAUCUGGUUGCAAAAGGUGGGGAGUCCUAAGUCUCGAAUUGAGAAGGCUGCCUUCAAAAACGAGGGCCCGGUUGCUAGCUGCGCUUUCCGAAGCUUUGAUAUUCGACGGUAAACAAAGACUUGAACUUAUUGUAUGUGCCUUCAAUGUAUUCGAUUAGCAUAACAUAUAUUUAUUAUAAAAACUCAUAGCUUUUUUACUUCUUUGAUGUGAUUGGAAUUUUAUUAAAUUUACUUUUU